GUCGUUUGGCGCCACUAUCCAUACCCUAUUUUCAUUGUUGUGGUUAUUUAAUUAUUUAAAAACCACCGAUUACUGGAUUUGUUAUUGAUAUUUAACAAUCACUCAUUUAUUCUUUUUAAUUGAUACCUUAUCAAAGGAUCCUGAGAGUAUAAACAAUUUUUGAUAUAAAAUUGAUCGAAUGAAAUGAAAAAAUGAAGUGGAAUCUUGUCAAGUUUUAUUGUUAUUAUCCAACAAUGUUGAAUAAAUUAGUCAUAAUGAGACAUCUUAGUGGGUUGAGGAGUAUGAAUUCUAGGUUGUUAUUGCCUGAGAAAAUGAUUUUGACGAAAGAUCAAUCAACUUUUAAUUGGAAUUUAUUGGUAGAAACGAAUCAUAAAUUUUUCCAUUCAUCGUCUUUUAUGCAGAAAGAGAAAAAGAAACCUAACAAAGCUCAGAAACUUGAUUUAAACGAAGCAAAAGCCUUCAUCAACGUUGAUAAAUAUACAGCUCUGAUGGACGAUGAAAUAGAAGCAUUAAAAGAAAAUUUUAUAAAAAACUUAACAGUUCGAUCAUCAUCUGGAUCGAUGGAUCAACUAACUGUUAAAUUUGAAGGAGAAGAAUAUAUGUUACAAGAACUUGUACAAAUUGUUUAUAAACCAAAAGUAGUUGUACUUAAUGCAUCAAGUUUUCCUCAAGCUAUUCCACAAAUAUUAGAAAUGAUCAGUAAGAGCGGAAUGAAUCUAAAUCCUCAACAAGAUGGAACGACUAUUUAUAUUCCAAUUCCAAAAGUUACGAAAGAGCACAGGGAAAAUCUUGCAAAAAAUGCUAAAUCAAUAUUCAUUAAAAGCAGAGAUAAAAUCAAAGAUAUAAGAAAUAAACAAGUUAAAGGUUUAAAAAAUAAACCAUCGAUAUCUGAAGACCAAAUUAGACGAAUACAGGUCCAGUUAGACGCACUUUGUGAUAAUUAUGUAAAAAAAGCAGAAUCUAUUCUCGAUAACAAGCAAAAAGAAUUAUUGAAAACAGAAUAAACGGAUGUUCAAUUAUAUUCCGUUAUUUAUGUAAGUAUUUUCAUAAUAAAUAAAUUUUGUAAAUAUAAGAUUUGAAAGUUUAUACUGCCAAUGUUGAUUUUUUGAACACACUACGAAGGUAUUAAAUAAGAAAACAACUUUUAUAAAAAAUUUCAUUUAAUAAUUUUUUUCGAAAAUUUGCAUAACACAAAAUAU